AUGUUAUUUGGGUGUGCAAAGUUAGAUAAUUCCAAGGACAAGGAAGAGUGUGCACAAUCAUUGGUUGGUUUAGCAACAUGUCUUCCUUAUGUUGGGGGUACUGCCAAAGCCCCCACACCAGAUUGCUGCAGUGGCCUCAAACAAGUGCUGAAAACAAACAAGAAGUGCCUCUGUGUGGUUAUUAAAGAUAGAAAUGAUCCAGAUUUAGGCCUCAAUAUCAAUGUUACACUUGCUUUAAAUCUUCCUCAAGUUUGCAAUACCCCUGCCAAUGUUUCCCAAUGCCCUGAUCUCCUUAACUUGCCUCCAAAUUCACCAGAUGCUCAAGUGUUCUAUCAAAUUGGUAAAAGUUCCAGCAAUAAUACUGCAAGCUCCCCAGUAGCAGGAAGGCCAGUUCCUACAGUUGAAGCCAAUUCUACAAGUGCACCUGCAGGAACCAGUAGUACUCCUGGAACAAGUGCACAGCAAAAAAAUUGUGGUUCUUGCAUAAGAAACAAAUGGCUUGGAAUGGAAACAUUUGGUGGAUUAAUCCUAUUGUGGGGUUUCAGUUCAAAUUUGUUAAUGUAA